AGGUGUCACGAGGGCAGCCAACAGCCAGAAGUGCAUCCGAGCAGGGGGGAAGCACAACGACCUAGAUGACGUGGGAAAGGAUGUGUACCACCACACCUUUUUCGAGAUGCUGGGCAAUUGGAGUUUCGGAGAUUACUUCAAGGGAGAGGCAAUUGAUUGGGCUUGGGAGCUUCUGACAGAGGUAUAUGGGCUCAACCCAGAGCGUCUUUAUGCCAGCUAUUUUGGUGGUGACGAGGAGCUUGGAUUGCCAGAGGACGUAGAAGCCAAAAAGCUUUGGCUGCGGCACUUGCCGUCAGAUCGAGUGCUUCCCUUUGGCAAGAAGGACAACUUCUGGGAGAUGGGUGCCACAGGCCCUUGCGGACCUUGCUCCGAGCUGCAUUAUGACCGCGUGGGCGGCCGCGACGCUGCAAAACUGGUGAAUGCAGACGAUCCUGAUGUCAUCGAGAUUUGGAAUUUAGUAUUCAUGCAGUUUUUCCGCGGUGAUGAUGGUCGCCUUUCGGAGCUUCCAAACCGCCACAUUGACACUGGAAUGGGCUUGGAGCGGGUCACUUCAGUGCUCCAAGACAUGAGGAGCAACUAUGACACAGACAUUUUCGGGCCCCUUUUGGCGGCUGUUAAUGACUUGGUUGGAGGCGAGCCCUACAAGGGCAAGGUUGGUGCUGACGAUAUCGAUAUGAGAGAUACUGCUUAUAGGAUUGUCGUGGACCAUGCGAGAACCCUCACGAUGGCAGUAGCUGAUGGGGCCACGCCUUCUUCUGAAGGA